UCACUUAUUUAAAGUCAGAAAGUUAUUUACAUUCAGAUUCUUUAUUUUAGUUCUUUUCUUUCAUACUAACAAAUCGAAUCAGUUGAUAUGACGUAAUGAGUCGCGUAGGUCACGGGAUCGGAGCGCGAGAGGUCAUGUCAUUCGGCUCUACUGGCUGACGGAUGAGCUCGCAUGUGAAUUGAACUUUGUUAUGUUGAAUUUGCCUCAGUCCCAUACCUAUCCUUCUGUGACUCUUGAAACACAGUCUCGGUUUCAAAAUGGAAACAACAAGCCCACAGGCAGAAGACUUUGAAACAAGGGCAAAACAGAUGUACAGAACCCGUGUCAGAGAUAGUUCGGUCGUGAGGCGAUCCAGCAGGGCGCGUGUUCGACGGACAGUUCAUGAUCCCAAGUCAGAUUCCGAACGAUUGAACGAAAAAGAGAGAUGCAGUCGAUGGAACACGUUAGAGAAGCAGCUUCUCUUGAGGGCACUCAAAGAGAAAACAGCCAUCUCCCAGUUCAACUACCUUGCGAUAAAAAGAAUUGUGAAGACCAAGAAGAAAGGAGAUGUGGCGAUUUUCAUCAAAAACCUCAGGAAAAGGGCUAUGAAGGCCAGAAUUGAAGAUAUGAGGAAGAAGUCCCCUAUUGAGGUUUGGAAUGAUCUGAUUAAUCACUUUGGGGAUCAGGACAAAGAAUCAUGGAGAGUCAUGAGUAAGGUGAUGGUGAUGGCGUCAGUAGAACGAACCAUUAACGCUGAGGAGAUAACCUGUGAUGACUUCAAACCAUUCCGUAUCUACCGCUACCUGGGAGCCCUUUUCAAGUCAAAGGCACUACCCCCGCUAACCCCUUUAGAAUCCCAAGUCAUUCUGGAUUGCUUUGAAAACAUGUUGGAGGUUCUCAAAGGAAGUGAGAUCAGGGAUAAAGCGGCCUUCCUACGCCCCCAGUACUCCAACCUCUACAACAAGGCCUUUACUGGAGGCACGGAGUACAGCUUGGAGGAUAGCCUGAGUGUGGUCAUCCGGGAGGCUGAGGGUGAGACAGCAGCUGGUCCGUCACAUUCUUCAAAUCAGAUUGGCCCUGAGACAACAAACUCAGGACCAAGUGGAACAGAACCAGGCACCAGUGAAUCGGAUCCAGGAACAAGUGGAACAGGCAUCCUCAAGUCAUUGCCUGGAACCAGUAGCACAGUACCCAAGUCCAGUGGUGAUGGACCAAAUGUCAUUGAUCAAAGGAAGAUAUGGCGAGGAGGAAAGGACAGAUCAACGGAAGUAAGGAUCUUGAACCCACUUGGUAUUCCGGUGGAGAUGCUAGAGUUCAAACCGCGGGAUGAUGAGAGCUACAAAAAUAAACGGUGGACUUAUGUGCUUGAGACAGAUUCUUCAGACAGUGAUGGUAGUGAUAGGGAUGAUGAUGACGGGCAGGAUGGUGGUGGUGGUGCGGACAAGAGAAAGAGUCCAGUAAAGAGGAAAAGAGGUAGGCCACGUAAGGAGGACAGGGCUGGCACAGGUGAGGGUGAUCCUCAGACCUCUGCAGGAGAUGGUGCAGGAGAUGGUGCAGGAGAGCCCAAUGGACUCCAGGAGAUGACUGAUCUACUCAACACAGAUCAGUAUGCUUUUGUGACUGAAGAAGAGUUUGCCGCAAAGGGUAAGAUCUAUCUCCAAGCUAUGACAGAGGCUCAUGCCGAGUUUGAUGGACACCUGGACCCUAACCAACUAGUUGAUUCUGAUCAAUAUGUCUUUGUGGCAAGAGACGAUUUUGCCAUCGAGGAGGAAAGUUUCAUCCAAGAUGCGGAAGAAACCGAAAGAGCAGAGGUUGAUGAAUCCCAGGAAACAAGUAAACUAGAUGAUACUGUUCAAUCUACAGCCACCAAUGACUAUGUUAGUUUAGAGUUAGAAUCUGCAAGGACAGCACCGCCCAGUGCUCUGUUGGAAAGUGAAGAGUAUGAAAUGGAUGAUCAGGAUGAAAGCAAUGACAGCAGUGAGAAAGAAGGUUCAGCAUUUGAGAUUGACCAAUCAGAGGUCCUCAGUGAUGGCAUUGGCCAAUCAGAUUCAAUGGAUGACGACAUAGACCAUUCAGAUACAGACGUUGCAAUAUCAGCUGUGUCAUUGGAAAGACACCAAGCAACAGAAGUGAUCCCAGUUCAGAACGAUGUCCUGGAGGACCACCUACAGUCAGACUUGAAUUUGGAUCAAGGGUUACCUGAAGGGGAAACACCGCCAUCAUUACCAGCCAUGAAAAACCAAUCAUCAGUGGCCAUUGAUGCGAUCAGCCAAUCAGAGUUACGAUCAAGUCGCCAGGACUCCAUGGAAGUAUUGACUGCUGUAUCUCUAGCAAGUAACCAAACUCUGGUGUCUAAUCCAAUCCAAGAAAAUGCUACUCAAGUAAUGUCCAAUCAUCCCUUAGUAUCUGCUGCGUCUUCAUCGAGGAGGAUGGAUGAUGCAGAUGUUCCCAGGAGAAGUACACCCAUUGUUCUUUCAGCUGGAUCACAGGCGCCAGGGACUCCGGUCCCGUUCCAUCUUCAUCAAAAGGAAAACCCAUCAAAUGAGAGCUUUUCAAAAGAACCACCAAGUGACUCAAGUCUGAACACUAUUCCUCUUGAAGAUGCCAUCAAUAGAGGGGUGGUAAGCAGUGACCAAUCGGAUGACCAACUCUUGACCAUUGAUGUCUCGCAGCUGGGACCGGACUCCAACAUUGUGAUUCCGUCUUACUUGCUACCUGGAGGGAUCCUCACCAUCCGAUCACCAGACGUACCCUUCAUGAGAAUCCAAAGAUCAGAUCCCUCAUCCUUGGUUCAGAUAGGAACCGAUGCUGCUAGUCCGGGCAAUGCCUUGGAUGUAAGUGGCCAAUCACAAGUUGGUGUGGCUCCUACAAGUCAAUCACUGGAUGAUGUUUCAGAGGACUGUGGUCCGGUAAGUGAUGUUGAGUCUGCUGGUGAGGAUGAAAUCUCUCAGACAGAGUAUGUCAUAGCUUCAGACCUACCUGUCAAAGAGAGCCAGAAUCUGUGUGAAGUACAUGUCAUUGCCAAUCACAUCCUCAAACCUAGCAACCAAGAAGAAGUGUCACAAAAGACUUCCCCAAAGGCCCUACAUAUUACCAAGAGAUCAGAAACUCCUCCAAAGGAACAGGACAUUUCUAAUAAAUCAGGAGUCUCCAAUCAACCAGAGGGAAUGCAAUCUGAAGGUGUUGAACCAGAAAUGGAAGAAAUGUCUUUCCUUGACUUUCUCAGCUCUCAGAAACCUGCAUGGAGUUGGAGAGAAAAGUCAACAACACCAAUAGGUCUUCCACUGAAGGAUAAUGGCUUGGGAGAUCCUGAGGUAGAAGGGCUAAAUGUGCAAAUUCAAGCAGUGUAUAAUGUAAAUAUACCUCAGGGGAUUUCUCAACAUGCUAUCCCAGGAGAACUAGUUGAAAGUCAAGCUGAUAUUGUCCAGGAGAAUGUCAGCGUUGAUUUAACCCCUAAGGAGAAAUGUAAGAGAGGACGUCCUCCAAAGAACAAGCUACCUACAAACGGAAGAUCAUCCAUGGCUUCUCACAUGCAUCAAGAUGGCAGUGCCAGUGCAAGUCCACAAGGCAGGAGAAAGAGAGGUCGGCCACGGAAGACUGAUGCAACAGUUCCAGUGGGUGUUAUAGACGUUGAGCUUGAGAGGGAGGAGACACAAAGACACACUGCAAAGGAUCUUGAUGGGCAAGGAGCUUUUGUAACUGAUGAUGGCAGUGAUCAUGUUACGGAAAGGGUUGUAGGAGAAAAGAAAAAACGUGGUCUACCCCCAAAGUGUGCUGGCAGUAAGGCCGGAAUUCAUCUGCAGGAGGAUAGGCAGGAGAGUCAAUUGGGUGAGGACAUUUGUUCAGUCGACUAUCCGGUUUCCAUGUCUAGUGUGGGAAGUGUUGGUCAAGCUCGGGAAGACAUUUUGAGGAAGGAUAAAGAAAGAUUUACAAGUAUCCUAGAACUCAUGAAUAAGCCAGGAGACAUGUUACACAUGGAAGUGCACAAUGAACAACGAAAGAGAGGGAGUUCAUUGAAAACACAAAGCGCUGGCACCUCUCAGCAGUUGCACAACCCCAAACUUUCUCCAAAGGCUCUGUUUGCAAGUCUUCCGAAUAAAGAGAAAAUCAACAAAGGGAUACCCCCAACUUUUCCAACUGAUGUCCUUCAGAGGAAAGUGCCCAAUAGCCAUUCUGGAGGUUUUGAAGGGAUUGCUAAUCAACUUGGAGUAGAUACUUCAGCCGAAAGUCCACAGAAAAGGAAAAGAGGAAGGCCUAGCAAAGGAUCCAAUGUUAACCUUGGCCAGUCAUUAGAUAGGAUAGCAGGAUUUGGAAAGUCGGGAACAGAUUCUGAGGUAGACUCUAGCACAGAGAAAAGAAAGAGAGGAAGACCUCGAAAAGUAUCAAUAUCAGAUUCAUCAGUUGACAAUUUACAAGCCAAUGUUGAACUUAGCCAGUCAUCAGAGAGGGAGGAAGAUGUUAAUCUAUCGGGAAUAGACUCUGGCACAGAAAGCAAAGAGAAAAGAAAGAGAGGAAGACCUCGAAAAGAAAAUCAACCAGGUUUCCUUGAUGACUUACAAGACAGUCCAAUCACCCACCUGAUAGAGAACAAAGAGAAGAGAAAGAGAGGGAGACCGCGCAAAGAAACACAACCGUCUUCCUUUAAUGAUUUGCAAGACGGUCCAGUUAUUUGCCAGUUAGCGGUGUCUCAGAUUGGUAACAUACAAUUUGAAACUGACGUCAUGACAGAGGGAAUGGAGAAAAGGAAAAGAGGAAGGCUCUGUAAGGAAUCCAGACCGGAGCCAUGUGAUGAUUUUCCAAAUAGAGCUAUGGCUAGUCAGUCAACAGGCAAUGAGGCACGUACUGAACAGUUUGAAUCUGAUGUUGAGCUUGAGAAAAAAAGGACAGGAAAGGCUGGAAGUCCUUUCAAAGCAUUCAGCCCAUACCAGCCUAACAUAUCCAAUUCAGGAUCAGGAAAUGGAGAUAAGCAAAAGCAAGGAAGACCGAGCAAAGGUAUAGUGCCAGGAUCCUGCAAUGAUUUGCCACCUAGAGUUGUGGUUAGUUCAUCAACAGUUGAAAGAUCAGGAAUUGACACUGCGGAAAUUAGGUUGGAAAGGUUGACAGAACUGAGCUGGGGCACUUUGAAAGAUAAAUCAAGAGCAUGCAUCUUAGAAAUGAAACAUGAAGAAAAACAGAAGAGAGGAAGGCCUCCCAAAGAAUUCAGAACAGAGUCCCUGGUCGGUUUGGAGGAUGCAGUAGUGAAACACCAGCCAGCAGAGAAUGAGAUUAUCAUUGGUCAGUUGGAAACUGUCUCUCGGGCGGAAAUGGAAGUGAAAAGAAAGAGAGGAAGGCCUCGUAAAGAAUCAAGACCAGAUUCAUGUGAUGAUUUGCCAAAUGCCAUAAUUCCUUGUCAAGCAACAGAAAAUAUUGAAGGUGUUAAACCCCUAGAAACCGAGCCAAGGACUGCAACAGAAGAGGCAGAAAGGAGAGGAAGUCCACCUUCAGGAUUCAUUCCGUAUCAGCCGAAUCAAUUAGGAAGAACUUGCAAAGAAUUUCAAGUAGACCCUCGCAGUGGUCCGCAAAGCAAGGGAGUGCAAGGCCGUUCUAGAGAGCAUGAGACAAUUGAUAUCCAUGUUGCACAUCAACAGAAACAGAAGAUAAUUAGCCCUCAGAAAGAACGAACCCCUGGCUGUAGUCACGUAGUACACUCCAAACAAGCAAAAACUCAUUCAGUAGGGAAAGACACCAGUGUUAGCCACACACAAAGUCCAGCAGAAGGAGAGGAGAAACGAAAAAGAGGUAGACCAAGAAAAGCAGGUAAACCAGAUACUAAUGCAGGAUCAGAAAAGCCAGAGAAGCGAAAGAGAGGAAGACCUUCCAAAACAGUAGACACAGGGUCCCCUGGAAUUCAUAUGGAGAGCAGUGUCCGCAAGAGCCAGUCACCAGAAAAAGAUGCAAGUAUGAAGCAUACACAAACUGAAUCAAGAAUAGAUGAUGUCGAGGAACCAGCAACAGGCAGGACAUUCAAUGAAGCAGGCAUAGGCUCUACUAAUGAAUGGCAUCAUGGAUGGGAUGUACCGCAGUCAGUCAACAGUGAUGGGAGUAUCAACAAGUCUGUAAGUGACACUGGACAGGAGAUAGAAGAAAAUGCCACCAGACCACAUGAAAGUCAUGAGUUUGGAAGUGCCCCUGAAGAGACUUCUGUGACUAGUCCUAUUCCAACGAGUGAGUUGAUCACAGAUAAAGCAGUGUCUGAAGUGAGGAAGCAAGUGUCACUUGAUAGAUAUCUCUCAUCAAAGGAAUCCGGAACACACCACCAAGCACAGGGUAAGAGCAUCCUGAAGAAACCGAAGAAGCGGAGCCCGCUGAAGGUGAACGUUGGAAAGGCACUUGCCAACAAACGCCAAAAGAGUUUAGAUCGCAAGAGACUGUCACAGAUGAGUACUGUCCUUGAUGAAGUUUCACCAUUUGAUAAACCCCUCGCCAGCAUGUUUCCUGAGAGCGACUUGCUGUUUGGGAAGCCAAAGAAGCGGGUGAGCUUUGAAGAUGCCCUAGACCUUGUGGAUACCUUUGGUGAACGUGAGGUGUUGGAGAAAAACUUGCUUAUGACGGAUAUCGUCAGCCAGACGGCCAUGAAGGAAGUCAUGAAGAUCGUGAAGGAGGUCGGGGUACAGAGAGAAUCGAUCGUUGAACCGCAACCACAGAAAAAGACCUCCAUUUUCUUCUCGAUCAAGAAAUCUUGAGGAUGUAUCCUUCGUAUGUGAGGGAUAAAGACUGUUCAGCUAUCUCAAGAUUUGUUGAUUAAACCCAUUUUAAAUCCAUGUAGUCUACAAGCUAUUGAAGGUAUUACAAAGUUUUGGUAUGGGGUCAUGAAUUUGGUUCAAAUGAACAUAUUGGAAGCAUAUGCGAUCCUACAAUAUUCAAUGGUCAUUGUCUCUGUUGAAAUCAAGCCUAAAGUGAUGAAAUUGUAAAUAAUAAACUCUUUAUGAUGUAUGGCUCCCUCUCAAGAUUUGUUUUACUUUCGUACUAGUUGACCUUACUUCUCUAUCAAGUUUACUUUUGAAGUGGUGGUAGUGGGAUUAGAAGAUUUUUUUUUUUUUUUUUAACUUAUAAAAAUCAACUAAUACAAACACACGUAAAUCUAUGAUGAAAAAUUGAGACUUUUUAAGAUUCUCAUCUCAUUUAGAAUUUUUCGACAUAUACAAGAUCAACUUGUGCAAAGUUGACUGUGCUUUUCUAUCAAAACCAGCCAAAUAAAAUCAUUGAUAACUGCAUGAAA